CCGAGCCCGAUGGCCCGCGAGGAGGUGGCGGUGGCCGGCGAGGAGGCGGCGGCCGAGGGGGGCGGCCUGCUGCUGGAGAUCGUGGGCUCCCCGCUCAACCUGAGCCUGCUGGGCCUCUGCCUCUUCCUGCUCUACCAGAUCCUGCGGGGCGAGCGGCCCGCGGCGCCGGUGGGCGAGGCGGACCCGCCGCCGCUGCCCAAGAUGAAGCGCCGCGACUUCACGCUGGCGCAGCUGCGGCCCUACGACGGGGUGCGCGACCCCCGCAUCCUCAUGGCCAUCAACGGCAAAGUCUUCGACGUGAGCCGCGCCAGGAAGUUCUACGGGCCCGAGGGCCCGUAUGGGAUUUUUGCUGGAAGAGAUGCAUCCCGAGGUCUUGCCACUUUCUGCCUGGAUAAGGAGGCUCUGAGGGAUGACUAUGAUGACCUGUCUGAUCUCAACGCUACACAGCAAGAGACCUUGAGGGACUGGGAGUCACAAUUCACUUUUAAGUAUCACCAUGUUGGUAAGCUGCUGAAGGAAGGGGAGGAACCCACUGUAUACUCUGAUGAAGAAGAAAAAGAUGCCCAGGAUGCAAAGAAAGACUAGAGAGUGCAGUGAGGAACAAUCUAUUUUUGAAUCGUAAAGGAUCAUUUGUAACAUUCCACUUCUGUUUUACAAGUUGCAACAGCAGCAAUGCUUACAAAAGGUCCAGAGUUACAGUGAAUUGUUUCUUUUCAAAGGUUUCCUUUUCAAAUGAAGUGGUAAACUACUAAAGGUCUAAGAUCUGUCUUCCUUUAAACCUGCAUAAUCUGAAGUAUGCACGAAAAAUGUCUGUGCAAAAGUAAACUGCAAUUUUGGCAAUAAAGGACUAUUACUGGUUUUCUUCUAUCGCCAUUUAGUGCAGAGUAGGUUGAAAUCCACUUUUUCAUUAACAACCUAGCACUGUGGACACAAGCACAAGAGUAACUUCACAUACGCAACACAAAUUCCACUAAAUCUUGUUUUGUGUUAGCUCCUGCAGGAUCUGGGCCUUGGGUUGUAAUUCCUUUAGAAAAGGGACUAUAUUUUAUUUGUCCAUGAAGCAUCAUACUCAUUUGUGGUACAAUGUAAUUCAAUAUUAUGUAAGAUAAUUUGGCUUUUAAGGAGUUACAUAGCAGCUUACAGAUGAAACACUAACUGCUUUAAAAAAAGGUAAGAAUUUUUGAGAGGUUAAAUCACUUUUAGAUACUUACAAAAUUAAUAAGGACUGAUGAAUACUUGAUGUAUUCAGUCAUGUGUAAUUAUGCAUGGAUUAAUAUUCUUUGUUUACUUUUAAAGCACAUCUGAAGUGUUACAAAGGUUUAGAUAUUGAGUGUAACUAGGUAUCCCUAAAAGCCAGGUACACCAUGAAGUGUGACUUGACUGGACUACUAUUCAUUCACUUUUCCUCUUAGUAAAACUCUUCUGUGAAUUUUAAUGAAAUUAUAUUAAACGGGGGAGAUGAGCUGCUAUUGAUUCCUAGGCCUAAAAAAGACUUGCUGGUAUGGCAUGAUUAACAAGUGCUCUUGUACACGCAGCUGUAACUAGCAGAAAAACGUUACUGGUCAAUGUCACUGACACAAGUUGCCUGUGCAAAAUAACAUGGCGUAAGCCGUUUCUGUGUUGAGGCCUUUGUUGCUUUGGAACGUUGCCAUUAAAAGAAACAGCACAAUCUCAUGCAUAACCAGCAAUGCUAUUCCUGGGGGACCUGACCUUUGAAUUGAUUUUUAACUUAUUUGCUCUCUUAGCUCAUAUCUAUGCUUAAUUACUAGGUUUGUUCUGACUAUGUAACCUGAUCUCCUACCAGCGGGGGCUGGGUAAGUGGAUUUGACCAAGGAAAAAUGUAAACGUGCUCCUUCAUCAUCCAAAAUACUUCUGCAAAACUUUCUCAGAAAUUCCAAGGAGAUAAUUAAUGAUUUGCUGAUCACUCAUAAACGUGUUUCUUGUCUGGGUGAUUCUGCUUGGGUGCCUGUCUGGUGUAGUUCCCCCUAUUUAGUUUCUCUGGUUCAGCUGUCUGGCCGAGUUGUUUCAAUUUGGCAACACGACCAAAAUGAUGAACUGAGUCCUGAGUGGGAAGGUGUAAACGGGACAAAAUUGUUCGGAAGUAGAGUGCAUUGCACAACAGCAGCUUUCAUAAACAAGUUGGCACAACAUGUUAAAAGUGCCUGAGACCAUCUGUGGUGAGAAGGAAUGACUUUCCCUCAGUCCUAACACUGUCAUGGCAUUUUCUUUUGGUUACACGGGGCCUUCAAAUGAAGAGCGUGGUUGUUUGAGCCAGAUAGCUUGCAUAAAGUGGUACUGUAUGAACUACCUAAUGAAGGUCUAGAGACAAAUGGAAAUCUUGUCAUGACCUUUGUGUUGCUAUUUUAUUUUUAGAGACAUUUAUACUCUUUGCAAACUACUACUAAUGGUUUACCUCAAAUUGGUAAUGUGCUUUUAUUUGUUUAAGGCAGAAAAUAAAAUACUCUGGCAUAACA